AUGGAUCAAGAAACUUUCCCUACGAUCAAUUAUAUUGAAAUAUUUACUACAAGAGAUACAAAGAGGAUCGAUGUCACUGUAAUCAUUCAUGCAAACAUUCAGAAGGAACUCAAGCUAGCAUUUAAUGAGUUCGUUCUAGACACAAAACAGGCGCAUCAUCAGGAAAUUACUUCUCUUGUUGCUACAAUCCUUCCUAUGCCCUUUAUUAACUCAAGGAUAGCUGUACAUAUCUGCUUUAUCGAACAUGGUACCAUUGUUGAUACACAAUUUAUUGCAAGCUUUAUAUAUGAACAAGAUACUAUGAACACUUCUCUCAUUCGAGCACAUUCAUUGAAAGAUACCACUUAUCCUACCCUUCGUCCUCAGCCUGCCUCGGCCACUCAGCCAACUCCUCCCAUGUCUCUACCUUACAAUGACUUCUCGUCUGAUAGUGUUCAUUCAUGCAUAACAAAAACAUCUUCUUAUACUGAUUCUAUAUAUGUUGCUGGUUAUCAAUUUUGUCAUGAUCUCAAUCGCCAAAUAGAUCUCAAAAUUAUUGGUGAUACCAACGACGUCAUGCACAGUUGGGCAGCAGAAGAAAGGGGCAAGGGUCGUCGUUUGGUUCAGUUUUGGCGCCAAAAGGAACAAACAGAUAUCACCUGUGCGUUCAAACCACGUAACGUUUUCUUUACUACUUCAGCUGACUUGAUCGCUCUCAUUGAAUCCUUGUUGGGUACUAACUUUAAUGUAGACGAAAAGAAUCGCGUUCGUCGCAACCUCGAAGGACUUCGACCUGUUACCAUUGGCAAGGAUAAACCAGAGAGUGCAAACUUUUUUAAAUUAAUCAUGUCAUACCCUGAUCCAAAGCCACGCAACAUCGAAAGGGAUUUGAAGGUGUUUUCCUGGCGCUCCUUGCCGUUUGCCCUCAAAAAGAUUAUAUCAAAAUAUUCGACUCAUUCACUGGCAAGCAAAAUAUUGUGUCAUGAGUAG